AUGCUCGUAUUGGAUCCACCGACCAUUCACGAACUUGUUGCCAGUUUGCCACUCAAUGCUCGGUUGGGAUCAUCCUUGCAACGACACAUUCAACAGGCGUUGGAGGACGAAAAACAACAUCCAGCGGAUGAUGAUGGCAACAAUAAAGGUCGAAAAUGCAAAGCUGAAGAAACCACGGCACCAGAGUCUGCCAAAAAAUUGAAAAGUAGCACCCCUCUCAAACUACAAGUUGGAGGUCAUUUGCGGAUUGGUUGGAGUAUCGCAUGGGAUAUUUGCAAGCACCUGUCGGAUGCGACAAGUGGUCUUAUGGAUUGCGCAAUUCGCUGGAUGCAAAAUUCAUCAAUCUCAAAGGGAAGACAAUUGGGGUGGAGAAAGCUGGGGAGCCGGAGACGUCGUGGGAUGUGCCAUUUUUCUCGAUGGGACUACAGCAGCCAAUCCUGA